UCGCGCAUUACCAAUUAUUAUAUUGUUUGAGCAGGUGUAGAUACGGUUGAGUGAUCACAAAAUGAAGUUUGAACUAUUCUUCUUGAGUGUGGUGUGUCUGCUCAAAGGAACAGCAUCUCAGUUGGACCAAUGUCAGGUCUACUAUGGAGGGAUGGUGUUUCCUGAUGGAAGGAGAUCCAUGGAGCAUGGCAUUCACUUGAGCAAGACUCAGAUAACUAAGCCAGCCCCUGACUGGAAUGGAACUGCUGUACUGAAUGGAGAAUUCAUUGAGAUGAAGUUAUCAGAUUUCAAAGGAAAGUACUUGGUGUUCUUCUUUUACCCUCUCGACUUCACCUUCGUGUGCCCCACUGAGAUCCUGGCUUUCAGUGAUCGUAUUGAUGAAUUUAAAGCCCUGAACACUGAAGUUGUGGGCUGCUCUGUGGACUCCAAGUACACUCAUUUUGCGUGGAUAGCUACCCCUCGAAAUGAAGGGGGAUUGUCUGACCUCAAGAUCCCGCUGCUCUCCGAUCUCACGAAACAGAUCUCCCGUGACUACGGAGUGCUGCUAGACGAUGUUGGCCACGCACUCAGAGGUUUGUUUAUCAUUGACGCUAAAGGAAUUCUGAGGCAGAUCACAAUGAAUGACCUCCCAGUCGGUCGGUCAGUAGAUGAAACGCUUCGUCUGGUGCAAGCAUUUCAAUACACUGAUCAGAGAGGAGAAGUAUGCCCAGCUGGCUGGAAACCUGGUGAGAAGACGAUAAAACCUGACCCUGUGGCUAAGAAAGAAUACUUCUCUCAAGCGUUCUGUGAGAACCCAGAGCAGACCACUACCAAGAAAGAGAAGAAAGAGAAUUAAAUAUUCAUUAUUAUCAUUUCCACAUGUUGAUAGGUUGUUAUAAUUAUACCAUAAUUAUUUGAAACUGUUUAUCGAUAAAAAUGAUUAUAUCAGAAAUACAUUUAUUAUUAUA